CUUAAAUCUAAAGGAAGGCUAUAGACAUAGAUAAAACAAAGAAUACCAAGGUCUUAUCAAGUUCAGAGGCUAUGCCGAUUCUCAAGAACCUAAUUGUGUCACUGAUCGUUUUACUUCUCCUGACUUAUGGCCGUGUUGAAGCUAAUCAUGAGCAGAAGAUGAAAGCUAACGAUGGCGGGCAAAGUUCUGGGAUCGCGAAAAUGGGAAAGAAUUCAUUGUGGGGUGGCUUGUGCCGCAAGGUGCCAGUUGGCAUCGAGACAGAAUUUGUGCAAGAGGGCUUGUGGGACCUGCUGUGCUCGUUGCAACUGUGUGCCACCCGGAACCUCCGGCAAUCAACACCUCUGCCCGUGCUACUAUGCCAUGACUACGCAUGGCGGAAGGCUCAAAUGUCCUUAAAACUAGCAAAAAAAACCAGUAUGUGUUCAUAUGUAGUGUAUGGUUAGACUUUGAAAUAUUUUUC